AUGACCGCCAUCCAGGCCGUGCACAUUCGCAGCUACGAGGAGCGGCUCGACCCCAAGGCGCACAUCGUCUACCGCAUUGAGGUCCAGGCGAACGUCCGCGCCUGGCAGAUAUGGCGCCGCUACUCUGAAUUCGCCGACCUGCACGCCGACCUGGCGCGCGAUACAGGCGCUCCGCCGCCUGCGGAACUGCCGCCCAAACACGCGUUCUCCGUCUCCCUCUUCCGCUCGAAGAAGGACCAGGCUAUGCUGGAAGAGCGCAAAGCUGGAUUGGAGCAGUACCUUCGCGCGAUCAUCUCUGCACGCGACGAUCGCUGGCGCGACAGCUUGGUGUUCAAGCAGUUCCUCGGAGUCCCCGUCAGCCGCGCGGCGAAUCAUGCUCCGACGACUUUCAGUGCCUCUUCCUGGAUCGACGCACACACUGAGCUCGAGAACGAUCUCCGCGACGUGCGCGCGGACGUCAAUAAGCGCGACGCGCUGACCGAUCGCGGCGACGUCCCUGCAGCGCACAAAGCAAAUGUCGGCGCGAAGACCAAGCUUGCAAAGAUCAUCCCUCGCAUAGGCACACUCGCGCGCGGCCUGCAGGAACUGGGGAUGGGAGGCAUGAGCGAGGGGGAGCUCCAGCGGCGAACAGAUAUGGUCGGGCGACUGCAGGACGAGUGCGAGAAGCUGGGCAAGAUGCUCACUGUCGCGCGCUGGUCCUCCACCUCACCACAGAGCCGAGGAGGAUACGCAGCGCAGCCCGCACCCGACUCUGAUAGGGAGGCGCUGCUGGGAGGUGCGGGAUCUGCGAAGCCGUUCGCGCGUGUCUUCGGGCAGAAGGCAAAGCCCCAGGAGACGGAGGAGACGCGACCACUUGACAACGUCGGUGUCUUCGGUCUGCAGCAAGUGCAGAUGCAACGACAAGACGAUCAGCUCAGCCAGCUGACCACCAUCCUUGCCCGUCAACGACAAAUGGGCGAGGCUAUCGGUAGCGAAAUCGCUUACCAGAACACCUUGCUCGACGAACUCACCGAGGACGUCGACAAGGUGGGCGGCAAGCUCACGAAGGCGGGGCGGCAGAUGGCUAGACUAGGAUAA